AUGGAGUUAGCUAAUUAAAGAGCCAAACAGUCGCAUACUAUGAUGAAAUAAGCUAGAUCACCUUAAGUGAGGCAAGCUCAGCCUUAAAGACAUCCUUCGAAUGAAGGUUCACUUUCUAGAUAGCAAUAGUAGUCAAGUUAGAUAGAGAAGAAAUACAAAGACUUAAGAAAUUCUUACAACGAAUUAGACAUUAAAUUGAAAAAUGAAGUUAGAGAAAAGGAAAAUGUGAUUAGAGAGAAUAGAGAUUUGUAGAGGUAGAUCAAGAAACUCUAAGAAAAAGUUCAGAGGCUAAAGCAUAAGAAUGCAAGCCUUAUUGAUAGAUUUAAAGGAGGAAAUAAUGAACUAGAAGUUAUUAGGGAGUAAACAGAGACACUAUUCUCUGAUGAGCCAUAGACAGAAGUGGUGAAGAUUUCCUUUAUUCCUAAGUUCAGCAAAUCAGAUGAAAAUGUUAAUGACUCUUAGGAUGUGUAAACUUAAAGAAUUAUGAAUCUCCAGAGAUUACAAAGCCAAUAGAAUAAUCUAGGUGCUUAGUUGAGAUAGAAGGCAAGUAUGAAAGAGAGUUCAGCAUAACAAUAAGAGAGGAAAGUUGGCAAUCCAAUUUAGGCAAAGAUUGGUAGAAUGCGAUCCCCAGAUAUUAAAGCAUCUUAGUCUCUUCUUGAUCAGCAUUAAUAGAACUUUAUAUAGCAAUAAAGAGAGAAAAUCCCUACAACACCUCAUUAGAAUGGAAAUAAUAAGUAUAAUUAAUCAGAGGUAAGCAGCAACUCUAAGGACAACUCUACUGUAGCAUCAACUCAUAACAAAUCUACGGUCAGGAAUCCAUAGAGUACAGUCCAAAGCUUAAAUCAAAGUAUAGUAAAUGAUAAUUAAAGUCAGCAAAGCCAAAGGACAAAUCUUCAAAAUUCUCUAAAUCAUCCAUCUUUUAUGGAGAGUCCUAAUAUAAGUAAAAUCAAUAAUGUCCAAGUACUACACUCAGAUUCUAUAAUAGAUGAUAGUCCAAUUCAGUAUUCCUUUGAGUUUCUAUAAUAACCUAAGCAAUCUCGAAAGCAGAUUGAUCUUUAAAAUUUAGAUGAUCCAAUCAAAAGAGAGUCAUCUCGUGAUAGAACUCAUAGAAGGAAACAAAGAGCAGUAUUGAAUCCCAUUAUGACUUCUUCAUUCAAAUAAGGCACAUCUAAUAUUCAUAAUGAUAUCUCAAGAUCACUUGUAUGUUCCUCGAUUUCUAGUAGAUUGUCGACUGAGAGCUAUUUACUACAAAAGAAUUUUAACAUAGUUAGUCAUUUCACAAAAGAGAUGAUGAAUGCAAACUAAGAGCAAUUGUAAAACAAGAAUGAACUUAUGAAAUAGCUAUCUCUUAAAAGUUAAUUAAGCGUAAUGAAUAGACGCUUCUAAGAUGUAAGUAUGAGUUCAGUAUCAUAUGGUGGAGAUAUGGAUGAAAGAAACUCAAACUUGAAGUAGCUUCCAAAUGUUCAAUAAAAAGCAAAAACCCUUGGAGAUUACUUAAAAGAUAGAUUAUUUUAAGAAUUCCUAAUAGUAGGAGUUCCUUUAUCAUCUGAGAAAAGAUCGCAAAUGGAUCUUGGGAAAGGGAGAUUCAUGGCUGAUACCUUAUUCAUGUACUUCGAAGACAAAAAAACCGAUGAAAGAAGAAGAGUGGUUAAAGAUUUCUGCUUCCCUUGUGGAGUCUCAGUAACUUAUUAGAGUAGUGCAGACUUUAUUAGACGAUAGUUAGAAAAAGACAAAAAGACUCAAUAGUCUUCUUGCUUUGUUUUCAGCUUGAGUGGAACUAAUCCUGAAGAGCAGUAAAUAUUUAGUGAGAUAUAUUGUAUUUGCAUUCAAUUCCACGAUUUCUUUGUUGAUGAAAAGUCAAAUUAAAUCAACUUAACUGAGAAAGCAUUUUGCCUUAUGUUUAACAACACUCAUUUUAAAGUACAAUAAAAGGUUCUUAUCACUCUUAGGAAUAUGUACCUAGACUCAAGGAUAAAAAUACUAAAGGAAGUCUUUGAAAACUAAUAAAACAAGGCAGCUAAUAAGAUAAAGCUACUAGUCCAAGAGGACAGCAAAGAACAUAUUAAUGAAAUUAAUAUGAUACACUAUUUAAGAGCUUGUCGUUCUAAAAGUUUUAUGAUGUUUUAAUGGCAACCUUGUUAGAAAGACCAAUAGUAGUUGUAUCCAAGAACAUUUCUUUGUUAUCAUCAUCAUUAGGUUAUUGAAGCACCAGUACCGAUAAUGAUUGGACUAUUAAGAGAACAAUUUGAAACUUUAGAUGCUGUUGAAAUUGAGAAUAGACUUUGGGUUCUUCUUGAUUCCACUGAUUAAACGCUGCAGAUAAGCAACCCUAUUUUGGAUGAAGGAGAGAAAUUCAUCUAUGAGCCAAACUUAAACGGAUUGAAAGAAAAAAUAUAGCCUAUCUAUGAGGAAUUGCUUGUUAUAGGAGAUAUUGAUUUGAAUGAGUGUGAGGAAAAAUGUUUGCAGAUAUCAAAGCUAAUUUUUGAAUCACUCAAGAAAUCUAUUAUAGAUCUUGGAGGAAUAGUCAACUAAUUGAAAAAGCUUAUUAAUAUUGAUUUCGCAGCUCUAGAAAAAUUAUUACUUAAGGCCGCUCAUCCAAAGGAUGUAGAGUUUUUGCAGAGAUUUAUGAAGACCUAGAUGUUUGUUUCAUAUUUAGAGGAAAGACUCUUAAGUUAAGGAAUAAUUUUGCAGUGA